UGGAGGAGCGUAUGUUGCAAGAAUGGCAGAUUAAGUUUGGAUUGAUGAGAGGGAGUAUGGUCUCCGAGUGUGGAAGAGGGAUGAAAGCGCUAAGCACAUUAGAGAAGAAUGUGGGCUGUAAGGGAGACAGGAUGAGAGGGAGCGUGUGAGGCUCACAUGGGGUGGCCUCAGACCACAGUUGAGGGUGGAAGGGAGCGUGAAUGAUAGGGCUAUUGAAAUGGUGAAUGAAUUGGCAGAAGAAAGUGUGG